UGACUCUCGCUCUAAACCUUCUUCAUCCACUCUCUCUCAUCCUCUGCAAGAAUGGAAGGUCUAAUUCCAUAUGUCUUCAGAGCUUUCAAGAGGAAGAAGGCCCAGAGGUACUAUACGCAUCUCUCCUCCGGCGCACCAACGGCUAAACCGGAAGAUGGCGUUCAUCGCUACACCUUCGUUUCUCAAAUAGAGGAGUUCAGAGAUAUCGAAGAAGAAGCGGCCUUUGGUCGCCACAGGAAGCAUAGUUCGAUGGAGGAAUUUACAAUUAAGCCCUCAUCUCCUACUGAAGUACGCAGGUUUGGUAGCAUGAGGUUCAUUGGCUGCGUUGCAGGGAUUUAAGUAUUUAGUUUUUUUUUUUUUU